AUGGACAGCGCAUUGGAACGACUUUUGGAUGAGCAGCGAAUCAAGUCGUUGCUCACCCGAGAGAGAUACUACAGAGAUACGGCUCAAUGGCAAAAUCUGCGCGAUUCGUACCAUCCAGACGCAUCAAGAACGGCUAUUAAGAUUACCUGGUACGAAGGUGAUGUGGAUGGGUUCGUCUCUGGGUCCGAAAAGAUGGCCCAACGUGGAGCAAGCUCAUCGCACACGAUCUGUCCCGUUGAGGUCCAUUUCAAUGACAAUAAUGACAAAGCCCUUGCGGAGUCCACUGGAAGUAUCAAUUCUCGGUUCCGCAUUGAUGAGAAUGAAUAUGACUGCGCCUCGUAUGCUCGAUUCAUUUCGCGACUGGAGAAGAUCAAUGGGGAGUGGAAAAUGUUAACAUUGGAGGCCAUCUACGACAAAGAUACAAUUACACCCGUGCUUCCCAUGGUUUCUACUCCUGCCAAGUUUGAUAUGGAAGGUCAUCGGGAUAGCUAUCGAUGUAUUGGCUGGCUCCUGGCUGGUAAGGGGUUCCAAGUGAAUCGGGAUCUACCCGGGACAGACCGUCCAGAAUCUGUUACAAGCUUCAUGGACGAGUCCUUCGUUUGGCUCAAGGAUAAUUAG